GCAUGCAUCAUGGCAGAGAAGAGAAGCUCGUCUGGGCACUAUCUGUGGAUGAUACUGAUUUCUGUCGCCUUCGCGCAUUUGUUGAUAUGCCCCUUUACGAAAGUGGAGGAGAGUUUCAAUGUGCAGGCCAUUCACGACAUCAUUUACCACAGACUGGAUUUAGAAAAGUAUGAUCACCACGAAUUCCCCGGCGUGGUCCCACGAACGUUUAUCGGACCUCUGUUUAUUUCGGUGAUGUGUUCCCCGUUGGCUUUCCUGAUGUCACAACUGGAUGCUCCGAAAUUUUACACGCAAAUACUGGCCCGUGGAUGUCUGGGGCUGUGCGUGGUCUUCGCGUUGUGGCGCCUGCAGCGUGAGGUUCGGAAGCAGUUCGGGUCCACCGUGGCCACGCUCUUCUGCCUCAUCUGCGCGUCGCAGUUCCACCUGAUGUUUUACAGCACGAGGCCUCUGCCCAACAUCUUUGCUCUUCCAAUAGUUCUGCUGGCCUUCACGGCCUGGAUGCAGCAGAGGCACGACUCCUUCAUUCGUCUGUCUGCGUUGGCCAUCAUCGUGUUCCGCUCAGAACUGUCCCUGUUCCUGGGUCUCAUGCUGAUGAUGUCACUGCUGAGCAGGAGGCUCGGUGUGCUACAGCUGUUCUACUACGCCAUUCCGGCUGGCGUCGUCUUUUUAGGUCUAACUGUGUGUGUGGACUCUGUGUUCUGGAAGCAGCUACUCUGGCCUGAAGGUCAGGUUCUGUGGUACAACACCGUCCUGAACAAAAGCUCCAACUGGGGAACCUCCCCCUUCCUGUGGUACUUCUACUCGGCGCUGCCGCGGGCGCUGGGCAGCACGCUGCUCUUCGUCCCCCUGGGCCUGCUGGACAGACGGACGCGGGCGCUGCUGCUGCCGGCCAUCGGCUUCGUCCUGCUUUACUCCCUGCUGCCCCACAAGGAGCUGCGCUUCAUCGUCUACACCUUCCCCAUCUUCAACGCCGUGGCCGCCCGAGGCUGCUCCUUCAUCCUGAACAACUACCACAAGUCUUGGAUGUAUAAGCUGGGCUCCUUGAUCGUGAUUGGCCAGCUGGGGAUUAACGCUGCUUACUCAGGCGUUUCGCUGUAUGUCUCCCACCACAACUACCCUGGUGGGAAGGCCAUGGAAGAACUGCACUCAUUGGUACCAGCAUCAACAGCUGUCUCUGUACAUAUUGAUGUCUCUGCUGCUCAAACUGGCGUUUCACGCUUCUUGGAACUGAAUGGGAACUGGAGAUACGACAAAAGGGAAGACCUGGUGCCUGGAGAUGAAAGUAUGAAGAAAUAUUCCCAUAUUCUGAUGGAGGCGAACCUCACCCAGGUGGCACUACUCAAAGACUCGCAUCGACCCUUGACCUUUAUUGAGGGGUUCAGCAAACUGGAGAUCAGAGCAUCCCAGCUCCCUCCACUCAGGGUUAAACUGGAGAACAAGCUGGUGCUGCUUGAGUCCCUGAACCUAUUGAACAACUGAACAGGACUAACAAGACACAAGCAUGGCACAACCCUUUUCUACACUGAAAAUUAAGUUCAAUUAACAGCAAUCCAAGA